CGACCGCCAAUCAAAAUGCCGCAUCCCACAGCGCCUCUCCAGAUCCGGCCUCUGCCUGCCGAGCUGCGUAAAUCUACGCGUCUCGGCGCUGAAGUCGUUCUGCCUGAGUCUAUGACCCUCUUCGACCCGAAGUUGCUAUCUGAAACUGACCAGCAAAUCUUCCGAACAGGGUUUUUCGAUAAUGGCGUUCUUGUUAUCCGCGACCAAACUGGCAUCCAGCCACACGUCCUCUACGACAUAGCCGACCUACUCGAUCCAGAUCAUCUGCCGUACCACUCUGGAGGCCAGAAGCAAGUCACUGACUCCAGGAACAUAUUAUCCCAAAACAAUUGCUCGAGAAUUCCUCGCGCACCUCAAGUCACUGUCAUAGGAUCUGGGCAUGUGGAAAACUAUGAAGGUAUCGGAGAAUUGGACUUGCAGCACCUCGAUCAAUCCAGCUUUCAUGAGUACCCACUAUCAGAGCAAGAGAUUGCCGAUGGACUUACCAGGCCGUACAGAUGGCAUAUGGAUGCUGCCUUGUACGAGAAUCUCCCCGGAAUUGUGACCUCGCUCCACGCCAUUGAGGUACCAAAGGUACCGAAACAGCGAUUACAAUUCCCACAAGGCGAAAUAAUGGACGUCGCCGCAGGAGCAACACUUUUCUUCUCCGGCGCACGAAAUUUUGACGCUCUGUCUCCCGAAGAGCAGGAGUUUGCGCUAAACACUACCGUUCACUACGCACCUCGCGCCUACGAGAUGAUCCGUAACUGCAAAGCCUCAUCCGACGGCCUCACUAUCGAGAACGUCGGCCGCGAGACCUUGAUUCCAGACCUACCACCCUUCGAUCCCGAGAAAGUUCACUCAUUUCCCAUGGUAUGGACGAAUCCUUCAAACGGACUACCACAUCUACAAAUUGCCGGGUGUUGCGUCUACUCGCUCACCACCAUCGAUCCCUCCACCGGCAACAAGACUGUGGUCUCAGAACUUGCAGAGGUGCGGAGGAUAUGCCAUGAGUUGCAGGAGAAGGUGUAUCGACCGGAGAAUGUGUAUGCGCAUAGUUGGCAGAAGGGCGAUCUGGUGAUUUUCCACAACAGGGGCGUGAUGCACAGCAUAUCGGGGCAGCUAGCGCACUUCAAGGAGAGGAGGUUGCUGUGGCAGUGUAACAUGGCGAGUAGUACGCCACCGAAGGCGUACCGUCAGGGUAGUCAAUAAAGCUAUAUAUCUGGC